AGGCAUAGGCUACAGCUCGACCGUAAUUUGUAAAGGCUCGACAAACCUUGUGUUUGGGGAGAAAGGGGUUAACGAGUCAAGCAGACGUUUGGAACUAUGCUGUUCGGGCAUUUAUCCCCCUCUUAGACAAACAAACCGGCGGCCUCUGCUCGGACUACACGACAGUGGCGCGGACUGGUCCCCUGAACCAGCGCACGGUAAUGUUCAGGGAACGUUAACUGUAAGACAGCCCACGGCAGACCGAGCGGGUUCUGCUGCCCGGCUCGUUUGUUUCUGUCUUUUCCUUCUUCACCGCUGCUUCUUCCAGAGUGGGCAUCCAAGGAUGUACAGGAAGACAAGGAGCGGCAAAGGAUUCGGUUCGGCUUCGUUUCUAUACACUCAUGAUGAGGAAACCCAAAGUCAUUCGGAUGGUUUUUGCGUUGUGUCUGGGAUGUUUCGUCAUGGUCAUCCUCUACUUCAACAGCAGCCUGAAAGCAGCCUCGGAGCCAGUCGGUGAAAGAAACAGUGGGCAAAAAUCAAGGAGGAGUCCGCUACAAACGCUUUAUGAUGGUGACCAGGUUGAGUCGGCAGUACAGGCGAUCCAUCAGGGCCGACGGGAGGUGUUAGAAGAAGCCUGCCGCUCCUACACCCGCAAACGCAGAGUUCUCAUUCCUGAGGACCUGAAGCACGUCAUCGUGGACGACCAGCACAGCUUGCUGUACUGCUACGUGCCCAAAGUGGCCUGCACCAACUGGAAGCGGGUGCUCAUGGUUCUAACAGGCGUCUCCGGUUCCCUCCGAGACCCACUGGCGAUCCCUGCCAACGAGGCCCACGUCUCAGGAAACCUCCGCACCCUGUCAGAGUACUCCACCUCCCAGAUUAACCAGCGCCUGCGCUCCUAUCUGAAGUUUGUCUUUGUACGCGAACCUUUCGAACGGCUGGUGUCUGCGUACCGCAACAAGUUCACACGGAGCUACAACACAGCUUUUCAUAAACGAUAUGGUACAAAGAUAGUGCGCCGGCACAGGCUGGACCCACAGCCAGAAGCUCUGGAGAGGGGAAACGAUGUCUCCUUUGAGGAGUUUGUGUAUUACCUUGUGGACCCGGCUACCCAGCGAGAAGAACCCUUCAAUGAGCACUGGGAGCGGGUGCACUCGCUGUGCCACCCCUGCCUCAUCCACUACGAUGUGGUGGGUAAAUAUGAGACGCUGGAGCAGGACUCCCGCUACGUGCUACAGCUUGCUGGGGUAAAGGACCAGGUCAGCUUCCCUGCCUCAUCCAAGAGCACCAGGACUACAGGAGACAUGGCUGCCCAGUUCUUCCACAACAUCAGCCCCUUCUACCAGAAGAAGCUGUACAACCUCUAUCGCAUGGACUUCCUGCUCUUCAACUACACCAUACCAGCCUACCUCAAGUUUAGAUGAGGCAGAAAGGUAACUCAUCCACGGACUCGACUUGAACUUGUAGAGCACUGACUCUUUUAAAAGUGUAGUUUGUUUUGAAGAUAUCUCUCUCUGUGUGGGCCUUUUAUUACGCACUGCAACUGCAAAUACUGUCGAAAGUGUAUCCUGAUUAGAGCUCAAAAGCAAAUUAAUUAUUUUUACAGAGAGAACAUAAGGCUGAAGAACGCCUGUGCACACAAGAUAAGGAGGAGAAAACAUGUCAUAACAAGAUAAAAGUUGUUGCCUAAGGAAAGCCAAUUAUAUGUGAACAGGGAUCCAUUAGUCAGUAACUGCCUUUGAAUGUGUGAAAUGCCAUUUAACUUUUGGUUUAAUUACAGUUGUUGUCUGCUGGUUUCAAAAGUGUAAUUUGCACAACAAAUGUAAUCUAGAGUAGCAUAAUUAAAGUAUUAAAAUCUUAUUAUUAUUUGAAUGUCUCCAAACGCAUGUGCCUUUGAUCGUGGGUCUAAUUUUCACCCCAGCAGACAAUGACAACUUUUGUAACUGUGACAGUUUUUUUUGUACUGUAGGAAAAGAUUUUUGUGUAACUAUGAUAUUGUCUUUAUUUAUUGUGUUAUUUCUGACUUUAUAGUCAGACAAACCAAAAUAGAUAGUUUCUUUCACAAUUUUCAAAUAAAUGCAUCUCAGUGAGAA